UUCACUUUUUAAGAUUUGUGCAAAUUUUAUAUGAAAAUGGCUCGAAUGAAUCGCCCAGCACCUGUGGAAAUCACCUACAAAAACAUGAGAUUCCUGAUCACACACAACCCUACCAAUGCAACCGUAAAUAAGUUCAUAGAGGAAUUGAAGAAAUACAGUGUUACCACAGUUGUUAGAGUAUGUGAAGCAACUUAUGAUACAUCUCCAGUUGAAAAAGAAGGCAUUCAGUUUUUGGACUGGCCAUUUGAUGAUGGUGCUCCACCUUCCAAUCAGAUUGUGGAUGAUUGGCUUAGUCUUUUGAGAGUUAAGUUCCGAGAAGAGCCUGGCUGCUGUGUUGCUGUCCAUUGUGUGGCAGGACUUGGACGAGCUCCAGUUCUGGUGGCCUUGGCGCUUAUUGAAUGUGGAAUGAAGUACGAAGAUGCAGUUCAGUUCAUUCGACAAAAACGACAUGGGGCCUUUAAUAGUAAGCAGCUCCUGUACUUGGAGAAAUACCGUUCCAAGAUGCGUCUACGGUUCAAGGAUUCCAAUGGUCAUCGAAAUAAUUGCUGCAUCCAAUAAUAUCGGAAGAUUGAUCACUUAAUUCAUGUGAAGGCAUUGGAGAUGGCCAGUUUGGCUAAUUCAGCAGAGGAACGUAAAAUGUUUAGAUGUGCUUUGUAAUGUCAACUGGUGCUUCCUUAAGAGUUGAGAGAUGAGGUGGUGUUUUGUUUUCAACCCUGAGAUUCUUGCCUUCAGAUCUACUUUUGUUGAGCUAAAAAGUUGCUGCUGUAUGUUUCUGAACUAGAAUAAGAAAGUUCCGCCACAAUUGGUUUGAGCGUCUAGACUACGGCAUGUGCAUCGCUGUUUACAGAUGCAAAGAUGUAGAAUGGCUAAAUUAAGCAUCAAAUUGCUGCCACUUUUUUACUUACUGUGUUCCACAUGUCUGUAAAAAAAAAAAACUUGGAACCUUUUAAACAUCUCCCCUCUUCCCACCCUGCUUCCUCUCUUGAGUCAUUUCAUGCAUCGCUAAAUAACUGUUAGCUUUUUAAUAUCUCAUUGAAAGUUUGCCUGAAUGUGGCAAUGCUCAAGAAUCUUGUGCACAGCUCCUUUGGUUGAGUGUCUUGCACACUAGCGUUAAAAGAUUUAACCAUGUUGGCUGCUCACUAUACAUUUCAACAGUUUUUACAAGCCCUCCCACAGUCGCACUAGAUCUGGUUAAUGCACAACAUAUUCCAUGGUUACUUUAAAAAAUAUAUAUCAUUAACUGAAGUCAAGACAAGUACAUUUGAAUGCUCUCUUCUAAUGUAUAUUGUAUUUUCAAAAAGGCUUAAAUUGUAUUUUAGUUGAGAAUCAUGUGACAUACCAUUGAUUCAAUCCCUUCUUUUGUCACAUUGGUCUCCAGUGUACCAAAGGGCAUUUUGGUUCACUAGACUGCACAUUGCAUUGCUCAUCGUAUAUAGUAGCACACGGGUUUAGUUUUAAAAAUAAGGCCUUACUGUCACUCCACAAUUGAUCUAAAGGGAGAGCCUGAGACAAAGAUUUGAGGGGGGGGGGGGUCAGGCUAAUAGUAUGUUGCAUUUUGUGCAGAAAAUUUACACUGGGGUUUGCCCAUUACGUGGAGAGUAAUUUUUUUUAAGGUAGAAAUGCUUUGUUGUAGCUAAAUUCAUAUUGUACAGUAACUUUCUGAAACUUGUAAUCUUUCUUGAUGUAAUAUUGGAAAUUUACCAACUUGUCAGAAGCAUAAUUUUUGAGUUUCUGCAGGCUAUGAUGUCUGUAACAUUUUGUAUGCCUUUUGAUUGCAUAAGUUAAUACUUGGAUACGAUCAAUUAAUUAUGUAAUUUGAUGCAAUGUUGUAUUAAUGUUAGAUGAACCAUAUUUAUACUGUCUUGGGAGCGUGUGGUAUAGUUCUGUGGGAGAAAUAAUUUGCCAGCAUUCACCAGCUUGUUUAAAAUCUAGUGCGAGAGCUUGUCAUCUGAAAUAAAGUGGAGAAAAAAGCAAA